CCUUCCAUUUUCAUUUCCUCUUUUUUCCUGAUACCCCAGAAUAUUAUUUCACCGCGGCAGUUCAUCCCGCAUAUUUUUGAUUCUAUCAUAAUAUUCCACGCUGUUUCCUCCAUAUCCCAAACUUUGUUAUGGUUUGUACAUUUGACACCCAUGAGUGUACUAUGGCGUUUAUAUUUUUUGUACUGGUGGCUUGUUGCCUCGGAAAUCGGUCAGUUCAGCGUUUUGUGUUAUUCUGGCAGGCAUUUUACACAUGGGCAUCAUCCGAGACUGGCGUUUUGUUUUCUUCUCAGUGGGGAUUUCUUUUUGUGUGCGAUUCAGACGAACUCACAUCGGGCAUCAGCGAUGUUUACUAUUUUUUCAAAUACAAAGCCUGUACAAUAGGUCAGUGGAUUGUAUUAAUAUCUACUUCAUGGGCACUUUUAUGACUAAAUUUUGAGACCAUUUCAGUUGAAGCUCAAGAUCGUAUAAUUAGAUUAGCUGAAUGACGUUGUACCAUGUAUAUAUAGCCUUUUAUUUAUCUUUCUGCGAAUUGGUACCUAGCAAAAUCGUAU